GAAAUACAUAUAACAGCUUUUAAACCGAUUCACGGAUUUCUAAUUUUAUCCCACAUACUUGAUCCCGCAAACAAGAUUUUGCCGACCUCUAGUAUUAUUUUAUCUGUUACCAAUUUGGGCUUGUGCAAUUUUUCUCUUUGUGAGACUCUUAGUGCCGUUAACUUUCAAUAUUUUUUAAUUUUUAUUUUUUCUCUUCAAAAUUUUUAAUUUAAUUUAUUUCAGUGUUGAUUAUGAAUGGUGAUGAAUUCCUUUGUGUCAAUAAUACAACAAAAAUUAGUCGUGAGGAGUUAAUGGCAUAUGUACGAGAAGAAUUAAUUUGCACUAUUGGCAGUGCAGAUAGUCCAGUUACUAUUCCAGUUUUAAUUACAACAUUCAGGGAAGAUACGUGUAACGAUAUUGGUGUUCUCGCUGAAAAACUUGGAUAUCCAUCAAUUCCUGCUAUGCUGGGUUCAGACGACUUUCGUGACAUUAUAGAACCUUGUUAUACUGACAUGGCGAAGGGUGCUGGUAAUGUAAAUCCUGAGAAGAUCAAAUCUCGACCAGACAUUGCCCAUAUUUUAAGCUCAAUAGAAGAUGCUAAUCGUUUUCGAAGUGCAAAAGAGACAGAGAAAUUUAGAAGAUUACAGGUUCUAAUUCGCGACCCAAAAUCUUGUCCGAAAAUUCUUAUGGGAAAAGAAAAUUUAUUGAAAUGUCUACAUAGUUUGGGUGCAGAAGAAAGGGAAGUAGAAUUACAAGAACUUCAAAAUGAGUAUAAACAAAAUUAUGGAGUUGAAAUGAAUAAAUCGGAAUUAAAACGCUUUUUUCCAACUGGCAAGCUUAAAACAAUUAUCGACACCUAUUUAUACAAUGAUAUUGAAAUUUUCACUGAUAAUAACCGGACGGGAUCUCUUCUUUUCAAAAUGAAACGAACAAUGGAUGAGGUUAAUGCUGAAUGUGAGAAAAUCCUUAAAGAACGAUUGGAAGCUAUUAAAAUGGAAGAAGAGGCUGAAAAAUUAAAAUUGAAGAACAAGUUCAAGACGAAAAAGCCCAAGAAUAUACAGCCAGUACAACCAAGGAAAUUACGCGUGAUUAAGCCGCCGCCUGAACCAAAAAUUGUAUGUAUCAGUUUAGGUUAUUUUUUAAAUAUUAAUGAUAGUUUUUAA